AGCAACUGUAGGAACCAAAACCUCACUACGCAUGCGCCAUCCUAUCAGUUGAAGCCUCAUCACUAUCGCUGCUCAUGCGUAGUGCUCCAUUUGUCACUCCCUACCCUACGUUCCUUGCCCGCAGUUCUCCGCAUGCACUCUGCUUCACCCCUCUGUGGCUGACAGUGCGCAUGCUCGAUGCCAGCUCCCUCUUAAAGGGGCCGCAUUUUCCAGAGUUGCCAUGGGGGCGCUGGGGCUCCCUCUGCUGGCGCUGUUGCUCGGGGCAUGGGCGGGGGCGCCCACCCCGUGCGAAGUCCGCAAGUAUCUGAGCCUGGAGCUGGAGGCGGUGCUGGCCAGCAGCGCCCGCUCUGCAGAGGUGCUGGAGCUGGGGCAGGUGCUGGACUCGGGUCGGCGUCCGCUACAGCGUCUCGGAGACGCAUCUGGCCGAGGCACUGGUGAGUGGCUGCUGCAAUGCAGCAUCCACACCGAGUGCCCUGGGAGCCUGCGCUACGCUAAGGUCAGCCGGUUUCCCCCUGCUCCACGAGGGCAGCGGGGCCUGGGCUCUCUCCCUGGCGCCUCAGACCUUCCCAGGGCCAGAGCCAGACCAUGAGCACCCUGCGCAACCUGGUGCACAAGGGG